AUGGAAUCUGUUGCUGAUCCAACUGAGGGGUUCACAAAUGUCCCAUUAACAGAAUACAACUUUGAGAUUCAGAGGCCAUAUGAUAUACCAUUGAAUCAGCGGUAUUCUUAUGAAAAUGGAACUCGCAGGUUGUGGGUUUAUGCUGAUGACAAACCACAUAAUCCCAACAGUCACACAAUGCCACGGACUGAAAUUCGGAUGCAUGGACUUGACUACUCAUCUGGAGUAUGGCAAUUUGAAGGGUAUGGAUUUGUGCCAAAUGGGACAUCUGGGGCUACAAUAGUUCAGAUCCAUGGAGCAUCCCAUGGCGCAACAACUAUAAUGCUAAGAAUCAUUGAUGGAAACAUGAACUAUUAUUGUGGUGCAGUUAGGGGCAUUUUGGCUACUCAAAUGUACGAUAAAUGGUUCAAAGUUAAUUUGAUCCAUGAUGUGGAUGGAGGAAAAGUGACUGUUUACAUUGAUGGGGAACACAAAGUUGAAACAAAAGAUGGAGGGCCUGGAGAUUUGUAUUUUAAAUGUGGAGUAUAUGCUGCAUCAACCAAUAUUAGCUAUUUUAUGGAAUCAAGGUGGAGAGAUAUCAAAAUAUACAAAAAGUGA